UGGUAUUUUUAAUUUCAGUCUAAAACGGAAAGUUGAACCUGCUUUGUAAUCCAGGAGUGUUAGAAUCUGAUAUAACAUCUUGGAUUCCAUUCAGUAUUUACAUACAGUUUUAAGUUCAGUUAGACUUGUUUUACUGUGCGGUAGUUAAUACUAUUGUUACUAUCAACAUUUUUAUUGCACCCAACAAGGCGGGAUCUGUUGCAGACGAUGUAUCCUGCCGUGAUAGGUGUACUGCUACUAGCAGCCCACACUGUCUACACACAAGACCCUGAAAGAUGUUAUAUAGACAGCUGUGGACCAGGGCAGUGUUGUCGUGCGCUUGUUCCUGAUGUUGGCUUGAUGGGUGAUCGGCCUGCUUGUCAACCACUACAAGACGUGGAUGAGUUCUGCACAGAUGACAUGAAUGAGGAUUUGGACGCCUUCGAGAACGCCUGUCCUUGUAAUGAAAAUCUGUUGUGUCUUAACAACACAUGUGUUUCAACCGUCGAAUCUGAGGAACCUGUGAUUUUCAAUCCUUUAACUGAACUUUAAAAUGUAUUUUGCAUGUAUUACAGUUACAUACUAAAUUAGAACGAAAUUUGUCUUUUUAUUUGGCUACUUAGUUUUCUGACUACUUACUGAUAUGGAGUCCAACUAGAACUUUAUCGAUAAGGUUUAAGAGAAGAAAAAAUGAAUGUUUACAAUGUAUGGAUCAUAUUUUAAUAGUUUUUAUGAUAUGUCUAGUAACAAAAUUCCUCAGCUA